AUGAUAACUCUCAUAAGUGGAAUAUUUUUGAUGAUCAUCUAAGUGAUGUCUAAAAAAUAGAAGGAUUAAUUACUUGAUUUAAAGGAGGGUAAGUCAAUGUAAGUAGACCUCUCUACUAAAUAAGAUAAAGAUUAUUUGAUUUUAUAUGUACGUCCUUAAGAAGAUGAUAAGAAUAGUGAUUUGGGGGAAAUAUAAUUUAAGAGUGUAGAUGAGACAUAUAAAGUUGAAGAAUUUUGGAAGAGUACGAUAUUUAAAUCUUAAUCAAAUGAUAUUACUUUAAAAUGUUUAACAUCACCAUGUAAAGGCAGAAUUACAUUUGUAUAUAGUGAUGUAAUUGAAUUAACAACAUCAAUUCAAGAAUUAAGUUUGACUCGAAAAUAACCAGCUUAAAUUAUUUAAAUAGCACUUCCAAGUUAAUGUGAUAGAUUAGUGGCAGAAUUCAAAUUAUUAGAUGAUGAAUCAGAUAAAAUCAAAAUACAAGUCUUUGAUGAUAAAGUAAAAUUAUAUCAAGAUAAAGUUUAAUCAUCAGUCGCUUUAAAUAAUUAGGAUUGUAAAAAGUGCAAAGUUUUAAUUGUUUUAAUUGGAGAUUUAAAUUUUUAAGAAGAAACAACCAUUAGUGGAUAAUUGUAUUUAUAUUAAGAUUUUCAUACUAUUGAAAUAAAUCAAGAAAUUUAAGAUUUCCUAUUUGAAAGAAGUGACAAUUUAUAUAAAAUUAAAUUGCCAUCAUCUUAUAAUAUUAUUUAAAUUGGUAUUCUUGCUGAUUUGUUACCUAUUAUUAAAAUUAAUAAUAAAGAUAAUGAAAUUUUCAAUUCAUUAGAAACAAUUUAAAUUUAAUAAAAAGGAUAAGCAUAUUAUAUUCAUUUAAGAAAACCAGAAAUUAAUAAUAAUAAUGAAUUAACAAUUAAAUUGAGUUAGGGUGGACCAUUAAAAUAUUAAUUAAUUGUAACAAUUUUAGAUUAACCUUUACUUUAUAAUAAUUAAAUCAUUUUAGCAGCUAUUUCUGAAAAAGGAUCUCAUAUUUACUCUUUUAAGACUAGUUAUAGUGAUUAAGAAAUUAGUGUAAAUAUAAAAUAUUUUGAUAAAGGAAUGAAUUCAUUAAAAGUAGGAGAAUGUGAUGGUGUAUGUACUACAAAUACUGAAGAUACUCAUAAUUUAAGAUUUCGUUAACAUGAAUAAUAUCCAAAAGUUUAUUUAACUCCUGAAUGUGCUAGUAAAGAUUAAGAAGGAUUUUGUAGAUUUUAAGUAUAAAUUGUUAGUGAAUUAAAAAAUAUUUAUCUUCUGACUACAGUUUCUUAAAUAAAUAAUAAAAUCAUUAAAUCAGAUAUGCCUUAUACAAAUUUCUUAGAAAAAAAUCAAUAAGAAAAUUUAAUAGUUAAAUAUUAACAUUAACCUGAAGAUGUAGAACUCAUUUUUACAGUAAAUACACAUAAUAUUGUAUAUAUGAUUAGUAAAGAUGGUAGUUGUUUCCCUGUAAGAUAAGAAUGUGCUAAAUAUGUUGGUGGUUCAGAUCAUUUAGUAGUUUUGAGAGGACAUCAAUUAAAACAUACUUAAUUCUAUGUGACUUUAAUAUCUAGGGAAACAACAAUUUAUUAAUUCUAAAUAAGAGUAUCCAAAUAAUAAGAUAAAGAAGUUAAAAUUAUUAAGGAAAAUGAAACUUAUCGUGGAGUUAUAUCAUUUAUCAAUGGAAAAUAGAAUAUUAAUUAUUUUAGAAUUUAAAUAUCCAACUAAUUAGACAAUAAUAUUGAAAUUAUUUAAGAUCAAGAAAUAUAACCAACUAUUGAAUUAGCUAUUCAUUCGUCAAGAAUGUAAAUUGCACUUGUCUUAAAUAAAGGUAAUGAACUACCUUCUCUUUAAUAAUAUGAUUUGAUUACUAGAAAUAAUUAUCUAUUUAUUUCACCUUAAGAUUAAUAUUAUAUUGAUUAGGGAAAUUAUACUAUAGGAAUUAUUAAUCUUUUUGAAACAGCAUCAGAUAGGGAAAUCAUGUAUACUUUGACUUAUUCUACAAGCAGAACAGUUAAAACUUUGCAUGUGGGUUAAUAAUUUGUAGAUAUGGCAUAUGCAAGAAAGAAUAAAUACUUUAGUUUUUAUUAUAGUAAAAAUGUAUCAUCUUUUUAUGUUAAUUUAUAAGGUAAGAACGCAGAAAAAUUAAUGUUGAAAGUAUCUAAUGAACUUAAAACAAAUUAAUCAGGAGCAGUCUAUUAAAAAGAAGAACAUUCUAGUACAUUAUUUUUGGAAGAACUUCAUUUAUAAAAAUUAUGUUUAGAUGGUUUGCCAUAAUAGAAGGAGAACGAUGAUAUAGAUGAUAAAGAUGAUGAUGAUUCAAUAUUCUGCUAAGCAUAUAUAGUUGUGGAGAACAAAGGCAAAGAGGAUAUAUUAUAUUAAUUAAACAUUUGGAAUCCUGAUGCUUAUAUAGAAAUGAAAGAUGGUUAGUAAUAUUAAUUUAAUUUGGAGUAUUUAUCAAAAUAAACACUUUUGUAUUAUAAAAUAAUUGCUAACAAUACAGAUGUAUAAUUACAUAUAAGUUCACAUUAUGGUUUUACUAAAUAUGAAAUUGAAAUAAUUGAUGUAUUAAAUUAAGCAACUUCUUUGUUUGCGAAAGAGGAAUACAAAACCCAACAUUCUAAAAGUAUUUAUAAGAGUGCAUUUGAAUUUUGUGGAUAAAAUUGUUUAUUAAAAAUAUCAUUAGAAGCUUAAUAACAAGUUUACAAUUUUUCAAAAAUAGGAAGAAAUCUAGAUUUUGAUGAUUUAGUGUAUGUAACAGUAACUUAAGAAUUUAUGGAUAUAUAGAAUGGUAUUCCAAUAUAAAUUCAAGUUAAUAAGGAUUCUCCAAGGCAAUUCAUUUAUAGUUAAUUAAAUGAGAUAUCUGGGGAAUCAAAAAUGAAAAUAGUUUUACAUGAAAUUUAUGGGAAAGGAACAAUUUGUUUAUCAUUUAAUGAUGAGGAUAAAUAAGAUUUGGAGAUGUGUGAAUUUUAGGUUAUCGGAAAUGUUUUAGAAUUAACAUAAUCAUAAAUAAAAUAGAAACUGGAUGAAUUUAAAUUAAAGCAAAAUCCUUAUAUAAUAAUAAAAGUAUAUUCAUUAGUGAGUACAAGUAAAUUGUAAUUAUCAAUAGAAAUAUUUAAUGAUAAAAAUAAUCAUAAAUUGAUUUUAGGAGUUCCUACAAGAAUAUAAAUGAACGCGUAAGAUGAAUAAAUAUAUUAAUAUUUCAACAUAUAAAGCAACGAUGAUUUAUAUUUCAAAUUUAUAAAAAUGUAAGGCUCUACUUCUAUUUAAGUGAGUUAAUGUUUAGAUAAUGCUAGUAAGGCAUGUGAAUAAGAGAUAAUAAUAAAUGAAUAAUUAUUGACAGGUUAAUCAUAUAGUUAACAUAUAAUACAUAAAUCAGAUGAGAAAAGAUACUGUGAAUUAUGUACUUAUGUAAUAACAUUAAAAACAACGGAUACACCUGUGGAUUUAUUAGUAGUAAUUACAUCAUAAUUAAACUUUGUAUAAUUACCAUAGAAUAUUGCAUUUACAGAUUUCUUAGAUGGAUCUGAUGAUUACAAUAUUUAUCAUUAUUCUUAUGAUACAGAUCAUUAAAUAGAAGUUUAAAUUAAUUAAUAUAAUGGAGAUACUUAGAUGUGGAUAGGGUAUCAUGCUGAUUUGAAUAUUAGCAAUUAUCUUUAUGGACCAUAUAAUAUUAAUAAGUAAAUGAAGUUAAUGAAUGUGACAUCUACAAUAUCAUAUUAUUAAGCUAUUAUUCCUCCAAGAUAACAUCUAGAAGAGAACGAUAAAGAUUAUAAUAUGACUUAGUAAUAAAUUAAUGGUAAUCAGACAUUAGUUGGACAUUAUAAUGAUGAUGAUAUCUAUAUUAUUGUUAAGAAUAAUCAAUAAAAGCAAACUAAUUAUUCUAUUAUUGUUACUUAAUCAACUACUGGUAAUGGCUAAUUAUUAUAAGAUGGAAUAAUUACAUCUGCAUAUUUAAGUAAGUAAACACCUUCAAUAACAUUCUAUCAUUAAUAGAAGAAUGAAAAAUAACUAUAAUUAUUUGUUAAAGUAGUUCCAUAUGGAAAUUUAAAUAUAUAAUCAUAUGAAGACUAUUUUAAAAUAGAAGUGUCAAAUGAAACAUAACCAACUAAUUUUACACUAGUUCAUGCUUUUUCAAUUAGAAAUAAUCAAUUAACUUAUGUACUUCCUGUUCUUGAAGGAAUCUUAACAAUUAAAAUGCACAGUCUAUUAGAAAUUACUUCAAAUGAUGUUAAUCAUAUUGAAUAUUCUUUUAAUCCCAGAGGAGAUAUUAUUCCAAUUCCUAAAUAACCAUAACCUAAAAUUUAUUAAUUUUCAAAUAAUUAUUUAAACAGAAUAGAUUUAUAAAUUAGUAUAGUAGGAUAGGAAGUUUUCAUGAUUAAUUAAAAUUCCAAUUAGAUUGAUAUGAUUGUUGAUUCAAGACCAAAAUAUUAUGAAUCUUAUAUGUAGAGUGAGGGAAAAUUGGCUAUUUAAGUUUAUAAUUGUCUUGGUGAUUUAAAUGUUUCUAUUACUUAAGAUUAUGAUUAAUUUUUAAAGAAUACAUUUAAUGGAACAAAAACUACAUUGGAAGGGUAAUUGACUGAUAUUUUAUUAAGUGUAAGACCUGGUCCUAUUUAUUAUUAAUUUUAAUCAAACAAAAGUGUUUAUAAGUUUACAACUAAAUUAUAUAAUUAAUAUGAUAAAAUUCCAUAUGGAUCAUUAAUAUUAGGAGGAGAUGGAUAAAUUAAUUAUUAUUUUGGUACAACUGAUCCAGACAUAAUUACAAUUAAAUUUAAACCUAUUAAAUGUGCAGGAUGUGAUAUGCAAUAAGAACAUAAUAGUAUUAUCAAAUAUUAUGUAAGUUGGGGUAGUACUGUUGAAUAUUCUCAUAUUAUAGGACUUUGUUAAUAUUAUUCAUAUAACAAUUUUAAUAAAAUGUAAGUAGAUCAUUUUGAAUAAAAAGAUGCUGGUAAUUAUUAUUUGAAUUAAAGUGAUGAAAUUAGUGUAAAUAUUACAGUUGAUAAAUAAUCAUUUCAUAAUUAAUUAUACAUAUCUGUUCGAGCUUAAGUAGUGUAAUUUAACAAUUUUACAAUAGGAGAUUAUGAAUUAUAUUAUCAUAUAGGAGAGGUAGCUUUGCCUAAGAAUGCAUUUUAUAUGUAUAAACAUCGUUUUUAUGAAUUUAUUAUUGCUUUAAGCAUUUUAGGAGUAUUCACAAUAAGCAUGUAAAUUUAGAUUAAAUAAUUAGGCUAUGUUGUUUAUUAACUUUUUAUAGGAAAGCACGUAAAUUAAAAAAAUAAAAUCUAAAUUUGCAUUUGGAAUAGAGGAUGGAGAAUGCAAAAUAGAAAGAAUAAACAGAAGUGUAAGUGGUAUAUGAUUAGUUUCAGGAUGAGAACAAUGAAUAAUCAAAUUAAUGAGUUUAAUGAAUAGGAA